GUCAUACAUUUGGAACGAUCUCUUCAUCACAGAGACCGAGUUCAACAUGACUUGCAUCGAGUUCGAGCUGCAGGCAGCCAACAUCUUCACGCGAAAUACCGUCCUGGGCACCGGAAAGGUGCAGCUGGCGAUGGUGAGACAACGACCAAAUCACACCUACAAUCGCAAGCAGAUCCAGCUGACGGUGGAGCACAAAUUGACCUCCAAGUUGACGGUCACGGUCUUUUGCUACGGAGAGGGUGACAAGCCUCCAGCUCCUGAUGGGGCCACAGAAAACAAGGAGGAAGCAGAUGCUCACUUGAACGAUCUGACCACGGCCGUCAUUGGAGACACAGGUAACAAGAAUCAAUUCAAUCAAUUCUAUCACCUCUUUGUGCAAGUUCAUCGCGCGGAGCAUUUGGGUGGAGGAGAGAAGACGUUUAAUCCCUAUGUCUCAGUUGAGUUCAAUGGGCACGAACUGCGGACCCCUGCGGCGCGGGAUACGCAUACCUUAGCCUUCGAUGAGCAGUUCCGAAUUCCGGUGACCACUCCUCUCUUCCAGGACUCCAUUGUGAUUCGCAUCUGGGACUCUGGAAAGUGGAUGCGCGACGAGAUCAUCGUGCAGGGCAGAUUGUCCUUCUCCUUGCUGCGAAUGCAUGCCAUGUCGCCCAAAUGGUUUAACUUCUAUGGCUUCAAGAGUGAGGAGGUGCCUGACGUGCAAGCCAUCACCAGUAGUGGCGAAGUGGCCGAAGAGAAUGCCUACUUGGGGCGCUUGCUGAUCAGUGCACGAGUAAACAAGGUUGAAUCCAUGGCUGCGCAGCAACUCCCAGCAGUUAUGAGGGGAGGACCCUGCGAGGAACCGCCCUCCACAGUUCAGAAUUUCCUGAUGGAUGUCUUCGAAGUGUCCGGUUGCGCUGGUAGCGAGGUGAUGCUGGAGAUGGCCAUCGGAACCAAGUCCAAGAAGACCAAGACAGCCUCGCGGAGCAAAGAAUCCGAUGCAGAUCCGGCAACAGCUGGACGUUUUCUCUUCCAAAGCAACAAGGGGCGCAUGACGCCUUUGGUCAGUGUGCUGCCCACCAAUCCUCCAGAACAGCUUGACGUGAUCCUCUCCUUGUACUCGCGCACCACGGGCUACGUCACCGAUGCGGACUGGCAACGCAUCGGCUUCUGCCGCCUGAAGGUGAGAGAGAUUCGAGAAUGGGAGGGAGACACGCAGACACCCCUUUGGUGUGCCAUGAGCAACAUGGCACAUUUGCCGAGCAGCGUCGAACCAGGUUCCAUCCUAUGCUCCCUAGCUAAGUCCCAAGACACUGUGCUGACCAGAGGCGUGCCCAACUGCAAACCGGUGAAGUUCCAAUUGCGCUGCUACAUCAACAUGGCACGCAGCCUGCAGUGUGAAGGCGAUCGGGUGCCGAGUUCCUUUUGCGAAGUGGCCUGCGCUGGGCAAAGACAAAGCACGGCAGUGGUGACGCAGACCAGCUCACCCUACUGGGCCGACAUGUUGGACAUGACCAUAAGACCCUUGGAUGAAAAGGAUAUCAUUGGUCGAUUGGUUGAGUACUCGUAA